AUGGAAGCGGUUCAUGAAGAAGACGGAGGAGAAGGCAGCAUGCAGUGCGCGCGCCACCCUUUCAAGAGCAGCGCCCCCGCCGGCGGCAUCUGCGCCUUCUGCCUCCAAGAAAAGCUAGGAAAGCUCGUCUCCUCCUCCUACGCCGCCGCCGUAUUCCCCUCCUCCCCUUCCUCCUCCUCCUCCCCUUCCUCAAGAUCCACACACGCCGCCGCGGACCCACGCGCCGCCGCCCACCACCACCACUCUCAGAAGCCGCGGCUGCCCAGCUUCUCCUCGAAGAAGAAGAAGAAGUGCAAGGACGAGAGCUCGGAGAUGGUGUUCAAGCGGAGCAAGUCCACCGCCGCGGCUUCAACGAGAGGCAUCCAUUUCUUCGACGAAGAUUACAGCCCCAGCAAGAGAAGGUUCUGGAAGUUUCUCCACCUUUCGAGACACCCCACAUCAAGAAAGAGCAGCAAGCAUGUUAAAAAUCAAAUCUUUUCAUCUCCCACCGCAGCGGAAUCAAGAAAGGGGGAGGAAUUCGUAGUGGUGGAGGAAGAGGCCGCAUUUGAUAGGAAGGUUUCAAGAUCCAGAUCUGUUGGGUGUGGGAGCAGGAGCUUCUCAGGUGAUUUCUUCGAGAGGAUUUCGACAGGCUUCGGCGAUUGUACCUUGCGCAGAGUUGAGUCUCAAAGAGAAGGGAGGCCAAAGAUUCAAUCUUUAAGAGGUGGGGAGGAUUGCAGUAGGCAGAGGGUUAGGUGUGGUGGGAUUUUUGGUGGAUUUGGGCUGACUUCAUCUUCAUCGUCUUCACAUCUCAUUGCAGCUUCGGACAGCAGCAAUGGAGGUGGGAAAUCAAUGGUGGGAUUGGGGCAUCUCUCUCAUGGGAGGAGUAGGAGUUGGGGCUGGGCUUUGGCAAGUCCAAUGAGGGCAUUUGGUAAGAAUUCUGCAGUGAAAAGGGGUGAUGAUUCAGCCAAGAAUGCAGCUCCUAACUUGGCUGCUAUUCCCUCUCUCUUGGCUGUGGGUGGCUGA